AUGGUAGAGCUUUCGACUCCAGUUGAUAACAGUGCAAUCGAAGGGCUGCAGGUUCAAUUCCUGUCCGUGUCAUACUUUAACUUUUUGGCAUGUUGUUUAAUUAUACUUUUUUCCAACGAUCUGCCCCCGAACCACCGAGCAAAGAAGAGGUACAUAGCGUAUGACCUCGUUACUACUUCCAAGAGUCUUACUCACCCUUUUGUUUCCCUGGUUCUCCCCAUUCUGCCUAUCCCUAGCGUUGUACUUAAAGAGGUUUCGAGCCCCGAUUAUUCAGACACGAGUACAUUUCAAAAUUGUCGAGCAUUAACCAACAUUUUCCUUUCCUAUAAUCAGUUUGUUAGGGACAGCAUGGCAGUUCUAGCUUCUUCGAUCACCACUAGGGAUGGAAAGACUAUCAUCUCUAGGCAAUUCAAAGAUCUGUCCAAAGACCGGAUUACCGCUUUGUUGGCUGAAUUUCCGUCACUUUUGUCGGAGAAUUCAAAAUACCAGCACACAUCUAUAGAAUACGAAGGAGUGAGAUUCAUUUACCAGCCAUUGGAAAACGUUUACGUGGUAUUGAUUACCAACCGUCAAUCAAAUGUUCUGCAGGAUAUUGAUACAUUACAUAUUUUGAGUCAAUCAUUGUCAGCACUCUUGAGAUCAGUAGAGGAGAAGGAAGUGCUGGACAAUUGUUUCGAGAUUAUAAGCGCUUUUGAUGAGGUGAUCAAUCUUGGGUACAAGGAAAAUCUAUCCUUGAACCAGGUUCGUGCAUUCUUGGAGAUGGAUUCCCAUGAAGAGAAGAUUCAGGAAAUAAUCGAAAGAAACAAAGAGUUGGAAGCCGCUGAGGAGAGAAAGAGACGCGCCAAAGAAAUCCAACGCAAGGAACUUGCAAGAAGAAAUAGGGAAGAUUAUGCAAACAUGAUACCCCAACAGCAUUCUAGUGCAUUUGAUCAACAGCCUCAACAACCUAUCUAUUCAAACUUUGAGGCUCCUUCUGCUCCUUCCGAGUAUGAAUCCUAUAACCCAACCACUCCUUCCACUAGAUCAGCACCACCAAGAGGAAAGGGAUUGAAAUUGGGUAAGAAAUCCGGUAGUUCUGAGGCGCAACAGCCUUUGCUUGUUCCUCAAAGACACUUAGAGAGUCAGUUCAAUAGUCACCAACAGCAGACCCCACUACAACAAAAUCAUCCCCACCAACAACCUCAGCGAUAUCAACAGUCACCACCACAACAAGCUCAUCGUUCUCCUGUUCCAGAAUCCGUUUCUUCGAUCCCACCAGCCCAUAAUGUUGUCUCCCCACACACGGGCCAAAAUGUUCAAAGGCAGAUACCUCAUGAAGCAAGUACAACUAGGUCCCCAGUAUCGCGUCCACAAGUUGGAAAACCUAUCAACAAUGGUAUUAUGGUCACCAUCAUUGAGAAAGUUUCUGGUAAAGUAAAUAGAGACGGGACUGUUUUGUCCAGCGAGCUUAAAGGGGAUCUACAGCUGAGAAUUAAUGAAAGUUCUUUAGCUCAUGGCGUGAUCCAUUUGGGAUUGGCAAAGCAGCCAAACACCCAAUUCAAGACUCAUCCAAAUGUUGAUAAAAAUCUAUUCAACGCCGAGUCCAAGAUUGGUUUGAAAGAUCCCAGGAAGUCUUUUCCCGCCAAUGAUCAGUCCUUGGGAGUACUGAGAUGGAGAAGCGUCGGUAGCGGUUUGUUACCUCUCAACGUUUCAUCAUGGAUUAAUAGCAAUGAUGAUGGUAGUGUCUCGGUGACAAUAGAGUAUGAGGUCAAUGAAAAAUUAGCUUUCAACGAAUACUCUAUUGAUGAUGCCGAGCUAGUUAUACCAUUAUCAGGUCUUUCUUUCAGUAUUGAUAACCCAGAGAAUGUUUCAGUUGACAACAAGGGGGAUUCUACCUCUGUGUUUUUGACGAGAUUAAACGAACAUCCCUCAGGAUCCUUCGAAUUUGAAGUUUCCAACGUCGAUGAAGAGAACGUCUUCCCGAUCCAUGUCAAUAUUGACCUGCAAAACAACUUCGACAACCUGAGUGAUGUUAAGGUUAAUAGUAUCAACAGUCUUGACUUGGAGACAUUAAACGAGGAGCUGCCAUAUGACUUGUACUACAACCUGGCCACAGAAUCAUUUACUAUCGAAUAA